AUGACUGAGAUCGUGAUGAGUCAAACGCCCCCUAUUCUGCACGGGCCGACGGAGAAGGAGAAGAAGUAUGACAGGCAACUCAGACUUUGGGCUGCUAGCGGCCAAACAGCUCUCGAGUCUGCAAACCUCCUGCUGGUGAACUCUGGUGCCGGUGCUGUGGGAGUAGAAACACUGAAAAACCUCGUGUUGCCAGGAAUAGGGAAAUUUACAAUAGCAGAUGAUGCUAUAGUGAAUGAAGCCGACCUAGGUGUCAACUUCUUCCUCGACGAAAGUUGCCUGGGAAAGCUUAGGUCGGAAUGUUGUACUAAGCUGCUCCAAGAACUUAACCCAGAGGUUCAAGGGGAAUGGUUUCCAAAGAAACAGGGCACUCUGGAUCUAAGUAGCGUUCUGGAAGCUUCACCUACUUUCACCCUGAUCAUGUACACACAUCCUAUCAAGAAGGAAAUUCUUUCAAUUAUUGAUUCCUAUGCCACUCAGCAUAGGACUCCAGUAGUGGGGAUUCAUUCCGCUGGGUUCUAUUCACACUUUCGCAUCAACCUCCCGGGGACGUUUCCCAUAGUUGACACCCACCCCGAAGUGGAGAAGACGACAGAUCUUCGCCUCCUGAACCCUUGGCCCGAGCUUGUCGAGUUUGCGCGAGAAAUGACGAAGGACAUUGAUGCUUUAAACGACCAUGAACAUGGACAUUUGCCCUAUGUCGUCAUAUUACUCCAUUACCUCGAGGAAUGGAGACGGUCGCACAACGGCCAAAAUCCCAUUAGCUACAAUGACAAGACGGCAUUUAGCAAGUUUGUAUCAAGCAAGGCAAGGACCGCAAACCAGGAGGGUGGGGAGGAGAACUUCCAAGAAGCUGCAGUUGCCAUCAACAAGAACAUUAAGGCUCCCGAAUUAGAACCCGGAGUACAGGAACUCUUCGACCAUAAAGUCUCUGAUGAGAUUGAGCUGCAGUCUACCUUCUGGAUCAUUGCUAGGGCCGUUAAGGCCUUCUACCUCAAGCAUAAUUGCCUCCCUUUUCCUGGAGCCUUGCCGGAUAUGAAGGCCCAGUCAAGUGUCUACGUCAAAUUGCAGAGUAUAUACAAGGAAAAAGCUCGGAAAGACGCGCAUGAAGUGCUAGAGACUGCCAGGAUCAUAUCUGGUGGCAAGGACGUUGAUCCCGCCGAGGUAGACCUCUUCUGUAAGAACGCUCGAUUCGUGAAGCUCAUCAAUGCAACACCAACAAGGCCAGAUCUCGAUGAGGUUUAUGAAAUUGAGGUGGCUAACGAUGAGGCGGCCGAGGCUAUGAAGAUCGAGACCGAAGGCGCAUUCACGCUACCCAUGUCUAAUCUCUUCAUCUAUCUCGCCCUCUUGGCAACUAGCCACAAGAUUACAUACAGCGCCGACGAGAUUAUGAAAUUUAUCACUAACAUCGUACCAAAAGCAGCCGGGAACGAGCGAGCCCUCCAAGCUGCUCAAGAAGUAGCUCGAGCUGGCGGCGGUGAACUUCACAACAUCUCCGCACUCACUGGCGGCAUGGUAGCUCAAGAAAUUAUCAAAAUUAUCACGAAACAGUACAUCCCAAUUGAAAAUACCUGCAUAUUCGACGGCAUCAGUAGCCGGUGCCAGGUACUUCGGCUAUAG